CAAAUACCAAUACAGAACACAAUUGUUCACAAUUGCAACAACAUGGCUGUAAGAAUGUUUCAGUUGAUCACUUCCGUGUUGUGUAUUGCUAUUUUUGCCACUUCUAUUCUUGCUUUAAAAAAGAAUAAAGCCGUGCCAAGUAAUAUCAGUCCAACAGUAGACUGUGCUAUCAAAGAAUUAGCCUGGAACUACUCGAAAAAACUGCUACCAGGGCGAGGAAAUUUGCUGUCCGUAUUUGAUGCUUUACAACUGGAAACAAACUGUAACAUCACGAGACCUGAACUUAAUGUGAAAACUCGAAGAAGUACACCGUUUAUACAUCGUUCAUCCCACGUUGUUUUUGUUCAUCCUAGCAAAGGAUUCGAUGAAAAUGACGGCAGAGAAAUAACGCCAGUUGCUAGUUUAGUUGCGGCUAGGAAUUUAUGUCGAAAACGAAGCGAAACCACUGAACGUUGCACGAUAUUUCUUCUGGAAGGUGCGCAUCAAUUGAAAGAAACACUUCACUUUGGUCCUGAGGACUCUGGGACAAGUUUUGUUGGAGAUGUACAUGCAAUUAUUUCUGGUGGUAAAAUAAUUAAACCUGAAUGGAAAUUGUAUGAAAAGACAACACAAUCGGCUUCUGGACAAAAUGCAAUAUUUUAUGACAAUCUCAAGCCAGGCGAGAGUUCAAAAUAUGUCAAGUUUAUGGGCAAGAUAAAUUCAUCAGUGACAUGCCUUGCUGGAUGUAAUGAGGAUGAAAAAUGUACUGCAUAUGUGUUCUUGAACACUGACACAUUUAAAUCUAUGUGUUAUUUCCGAUAUGAUGGACUCUGGAACCCUGAACCACAAAAUAAUUGUGUCAGUGGAAAGAAAAUUACUAUUUACAUGACAGACCUUAAGGAUUCUAACAUUAAACCAUUUAAUUCACUGUUUAUACAUGGUCGUAGAGCAGUAAGAGCUCGGUUUCCUAAUGGUAAUCCAGAAACCACUGGUAUACACACUACACCGACUGGUUAUGUAAGCUCAGCUAUAAAGUGGCUACCAGCAAAACCAUCCCCUCCCGCAGUUGAGAUCCAGAUAAAAAAUCCUUAUAGAGCUCAUAACCAGUUCCCAAUAUUUCAGCUUGGUCUCGAUGGCUCGGUAUACCAGUUUGACCCAGCAGAAUCUUACUGGGCAACCAAAGCACCAUAUGGCGGCGUCACAUACAAGGUACCAUCAGGGUUGGUAUAUAACAAGUCAUUAGAAAUUUCUGGAAGUACAUGGAAGAAACCAGAGACUGGCAUAGUUCAUGCAUAUAUGCGUUACCAUUGGGGAGGCUGGCAGUUUGUAGUUGACGGUCGAAAUACAACAAGUAACACCCUAACAUGGAGCAAAGGGGGUUUCCAGGAGGCACGUGGGGACAUUGGUGGUGCUGAGUGGUAUGUUGAGAAUAUUUUUGAAGAACUAGAUGUUGCUGGUGAGUGGUACUUUGACGAUGAAACAUACCAACUGUAUUAUUUCCCUAAUGGUACUUUACCAGAAGAAAUCACCAUAUCUCAGCAUGAGUCACUUAUUUCCAUCAAAGGUAGCCUGUCCAAUCCAGUCGAAAACAUUUCAUUUUCCCAUAUAACAUUUGCGGAAACAUCAUCAACAUUUUUGGAAAGUUAUGAAGUACCAAGUGGUGGGGAUUGGUCAAUUCACCGUAAUGGGGCAUUGUUUAUUGAGGGUGCCAAAAAUGUGGUGGUCGAUAACUGUUUGUUUAUUAAUAUUGGUGGAAAUGCAUUGUUUCUCAGCAACUACAUCCGGAAUGCCGUAGUAUCAAAUAAUGAAUUUCUAUGGAUUGGUGACACUGCAAUUGCAGCUAUCGGUUCAUCAAAACUUAUUGAUGGCACAGAUGGCAAUCAACCCAGAGGAACCAAAAUUUUAAAUAAUCUUGUUCAUGAAGUUGGAUUAUUUGGUAAACAAACUGCAGCCUAUAUUCAGUCUCUCGCUUGUCAAACAUUACUUAACGGCAAUGUAUUUUUCAAUGGUCCAAGAGCUGGUAUAAACUUUAAUGAUGGAUUUGGAGGUGGAAAUAAUGUUACCAGAAACUUGUUGUUCAAUUUUGUUAGAGAGACUAAGGAUCAUGGUCCAUUCAAUUCCUGGGAUAGACAACUAUAUCUGACAAAAGUAAGAGACGGUGAGACCUCAUCUUUGGUUCCAAAGGAAAAUUACAUGACUUAUAAUUUUAUCAUUAGUAAUUACCAUUCCUACUGGCCAAUUGAUCAUGAUGAUGGUACCGGAUAUUUUACUGACCAGUAUAACUACCUUGUGUAUGGUGGAUUUAAAAAUUAUCUUGGUCAUUCCAAGACAUCACAAUAUAAUGUGUAUAUCUACCCAGAUGCUAAUCAACCAUAUGCUCCCCCAUUUUGCGCAUGUAGUACCGGAACCCGGAUUGGCCCGUUGGCUUCUGGUUGGGGAGAUCGUUAUACAGAUAACACAUGUAUAAUCCGUGAGAUAGAAGUGUAUCAAUUUUUAAGCUGUAAGCUGCAAAAUAUAACACAGCUUAUUCCAUUUACAGCCAGAAAUAAGUUCUACACGCCAAACGCUGGAAUUAUUUUCAAGUGUGAUAACUAUACAUGGACACUGAAAGAAUAUCAAGAAAUAGGUUUUGAUGUUGGAUCAACAGUGUCAAACUUGGUGGGGACUAAAGAAAUCAUACAAUGGGGGAAAGAUCUUCUACAUUUAUAAGUAACAAUUAUUGAGUUGCAUAGGCGUACGAGACAGGGGGGCAGGGGGGGCAUAGGUUAAAUUCAGGUAAUUUCAUUACAAUCCUCCAUAAAAAUUCGGGCAAACUUUCAACUGCCCCCUGGAAAGCAUCAGCCCCGUACGCCUAUGUUGAGUUGAUUUAAUGUUUUCAUUAAAAUACGCAACAACGUAACUCUGAGUAAAGAAAUCAUUUUUAUUACCGUUGUUGGAUAUUUUAUGAAAAUACUCGGUGGGAUUUGAUUAAGGGUAUAAUAAAUUAUUCAAUUAUGAUUUUUACAAGCUAUAAUUACCUACAAGAAGAUGAAGAGUUGAAAAAUGAUCUUUUCAAUAACAUAAGCAUGCUUAGAAAAAACUUAUUUCUUGGAACUGCAAAGUACUUAACGUACGUAGAAGCAGUAUCAAUGUUGAUAUGGAAGGACAAGUUGCUUAAUAAUUAAAUAUUAAUGGCAUAAAUAACGUGACUAUGAAGACUAAAGAUUAAGGCAUAGCGAUGUAACAAUAUGUAUCUUUGUAGUCAAUAUUUUAAUAGAAUAAUCUGAAUUCAAU